AGACCUCUCUUGCUUUGAUUGAGCUGAGGCCUUGGAGGUCUUUUUCAUCAAAUAACUGAUUCAUUGAAACAAAGAAACGAUAAGAGAUGAAAGUUUUUCAUUUYCUUUUGUUGUUUGCUUUCCUAAUCAUUUUGGAWCUCUCAUCGGGACAAAACGAGACAGCGACUAAUUCCAAUAAGGCUAGCCGUCUCCAUAUUCUUAUCAAGGACCAAGAUAACAACAUCGAAAAAUCAACCCGAGCAACAAACGAUGGAGCAUGUUUUGUGCGCACCUACACCAUCCCAGAAUCUGUGCUUAAAACCCUGAACCUCAAAGAAGUUCCAAUGACAUGGUAUGAGACACCCUCGGUUGUUGCCUUGGGACCAGGCUGCUCUGAUCGUCGAGGACCGCUUGGAAUGGAGSAUGGCCGGAUCUUGAAGCAGCAACUAAAGGUGUCUUCACAGAUUGAUAAAUACUUUGGUGCUAACAAUGCUAGACUAAACCUUACACCAAGGCCACCGCAAGGCGGUGCUUGGGCUGCCAAAACAGCUGAUACAGAACAGUAUUUAACAGUCGAUUUUGGUCGAAAUAUGAGAGUUAUAGAAAUUGCUACACAAGGGAGAGGAGAUAUGGAUAGAUGGGUCACGAAAUACAAAGUGUCUUACAGUGAAGACGGGAAGUCGUCGUCAUCCACAUUUMGAACCGUCCAAGAAGAAAGCGAGGACAAGGUCUUUAUUGGAAACACUGACAGCAAMGGCGUUGUAACACGGAAGGUUGGGCCAUUCAUAGCACGAUAUGUGCAAAUCAAACCAACAGAAUGGCAUGGUAAUAUUGAGAUGAGAGCUGAAUUUUAUGGAUGCGCUCUUUCAGAUCGUUACAGGGUAACAGGCCGAAAUGUUCAUAUGGAUUUUGUUAAAGAGUACCUUGCAGCCAAAAAAAACGUUGAUUUCGAAGAUUCACAAGAAAUCCCUAAUAACAUUCGAAUUGAAGUUUAUGCUGAUACAAUUUAUUUCAAGGGCAUUAUUAAGAUGCGUGGUAUUAAAAGGUUACAACUGUUCUGUCGGAGAGUGAUUUUUUUCAAAGGAAGUAAGCUGGACGUAAGGGCUCUAUCAAUACCAUCAAAGUACUCUUCCUUAAAAAAUGGUGAAGAUGGGCUUGACGGCACACACGGACAAGACGGCGCGGGAGUUGACAUCUACGCUCACAAGGCUUUUGGUUACGUUGAUAUCGUAUCAAGUGGAGGGAAUGGAAACAAAGGUCAAAAUGGUGCCAAUGGAAGGCCAGGGGCCGAUAGGAGUGACAUAACGCAAACUGUUUAUAGUCGAAAGGACUGUAAACAGUCAGGUUGGCUUAGAUCAUGCACACAUAAAUAUUCACACGACGGCAUAGAUGGAGGUAACGGUACGGAUGGUGGAUAUGCUGGUAAAUCAGGUUAG